UGGCGUCUCUCUCUCUCUCGCUCUUCCUGAACGCGUCAUGAUGAACGAUGACUUUUGCUUGUUCCCCGUUCCACAGUCUCCCCUCUUCCUCCCUCUCUUUUCCGCAAGUCAUUGGAAAUCCUCACUUCUUUUCUCUUUUGCUUUCUAGGAAGAGGGUCCCUAGAAAUUCCUUCGAAAUUGCACAAUUCCCCGCCCCCUCCUCCUCCCCUUCCUUCUUCUUCUUCCCUGCUGCCACUCAUCACAACAAUCAUAGCGCGCCUCCGCCUCCUGUCUUGAUUUCGGUGUCCGGUAGUUUCCUUUCUUCCUCGUUCUGUCGUUCUCUCUCAUUCUUUUCUUCGUUCUCGAAGUUCUGAGACUCCUGUUUGGCGUCUUCAAGAAAUGAGCAGAACCUUGACAAGGUGGUGAACCUUCUUCUUGGUCCCCACUGUCUUUCUAUCUGGCGGAUACCAUGGUGGAGGGAACGAAGGCUCGAUUGGUUCGUUGCCCCAAAUGCGAGAACCUCCUCGUCGAGCCCGCUGACUACCCUGUGUAUCAGUGCGGUGGUUGUGGCGCUAAACUUCAGUCGAAGAGGUAUGCCGCGAGUUUGCAACAGAAAUUCAAGGAGGAGGAGAACGGGUUGGCUGGAGGAGAAAGGGAGGUAGUACCAACCGAGCUACCUAAUUCGGAGAGGGAGGGAGUAUCCACUGAACUGCCUAAUUCUGUCGACGAGAGUUCACCUUCACAUGCCUCUGAGGAGGCACAGUCUUUAGGCGGUGAGCCGUCGAAGGAGACUGUGGGUGAUGUUGUUGAGGUAGCCGGAGAAAUGGCAGAGGAGAAGGAGCAGGGUGUUAGUGACGACGAGCCAGUUCCUUCUCCAGAAGUAACGGUGCUGGUUGCUCAAAAAGAGAAUCGAGAAGACCAGGGGAUUGUUCCUUCGAACGAGUCAGAAGUGGAGGUUCCAACGGUGGUGGGACAGACUGAUGAGGUUCUGGGGAAUGGUAGUGGGGUGGAAAGUGCUGAAGGAACCACGAGCAGGAGUGGAACAGGGGAUUCGACUGAUGCCCCUGUUAAGAACUCGACCGGGAGCGACCGGAGCUCCAUUAUGAACGACGGCGGGGAGCUCGAUAGCAGACAGACCAAAGGGAAGGGUCUGACGUGGGGUUCUGUUGAUCAAAUUUCGAUGCCGCCGGACAUUCGGAGGGACGAGUCUGACCGUGGCUUGAGGACCCGUCCUUUGCUUGAUGGUUGUAGCAAGUACCGGAUAUAUCCAGACGAAGGCCCGUCGAAUUUCCAUCAUGGAGGUGCCCGCGACUAUGAGGAUGGUUUCUACGGUCACGCUGUGGCCGGAGCCAAUAGAGUGGAGCACCUGGAGCAGGACAGGAGGGAACUCCUCAAGAAGCUCGACGAAUUGAGGGAACAAAUCACCAGAUCCUGUGAUAUCUCUGGUUUGCCACCAAAUGAUGGAAUCCCUUUGAAUGCGAGGAGAACUCGAGGUUUUCCGCAGCAGGGUUCUUAUGGUCCAGUGAGAAACUUGAGGGACCAUUCUCGCCAUGAAGAUUUGAUGCGGAGACCGUAUUACUAUAGCCGUGAUCUUGAAUUCGAUAGCCACCAACAAGCUGCUUCUCAUACUAUGAUGGGCAGGCAGCACUUGGGUGUUCCUGCUUUUGGUCACCACAGGCAUGCCCAUGAUGAACUUCUGAACUACAAGGAUCCGUAUGGGGAUCAAUUGAUAAGAAUUCCUGCACACCAAGCUCCCCGAUUCCCACAUAUGCCGAUGGCUGGGAGAGGCUUGAUGAGCAGAGACCAGAACAGUUAUUUUACUGGAAGGUACGUGGAGACUGACCCUGAUUCUGUUGACUCCUUUCCCAUUUGCUCUUGCUCGAAUUGUUACUACGGACAGCUUAAAGUUCCAGCACAAGCUCAAUCUAGGCUUCUAUAUCACCAGAGGAUGCCGAAGCUUGUGGGUGGUCCAAUGUAUUAUCAUGAUGAUGCUGAUAUUCCAUUGGUAGAAGGUAUACAUGAUUAUAUUGGUUUGGAUGCCGCUCGUCCUCCUUUGAGUUCUUAUCAAUCCAGUCGCACUGUUCGAAGGGCUGCAUAUACUGAUAUAGAACAGGCUUCUCGGCGACAGAACCGUAGUUUGCCUAGGGAUCUACCUGAAGUGGGGUAUACAAGAGGAUGCUUUCCCAUUGGAGGUGGAGCUCCAUUUAUCUCCUGUUGUCAUUGCUUGCAGUUGCUCAAGUUACCUGAGAAAUUUCGCCCCCAGGCUGAAGGUUCUUGCAAGUUGCAAUGUGGGGCGUGCUCAAAAAUAAUCCUAGUUUCUUUUGAUGGCAAGAGUCUGAUUACCUCUGUAGAUGCUGGUAGCGUUCAUAGCGAAUCAAGGGAACAAGUGUUUUCUCGCAUAGCCUCUUCGACUACUGGGCAGGGUAAUUUUCAUGACCGAGAUUAUUCGCAUGGGCAGAUAAAUCCAUCUCGUGGGGCUCAUGAAAAUCGGAGAUCUGCAUUCCCUUCUCAUUUGUCUAACCGUAACAUGACUGAAAAUGGAGUCCUCUUGUGUCAUCCCAUUGAUCAGAUGGAAGAGAGGCCAAACUUGAGUGAACCUGAAAAAGGGCAGUCUGAUUUUUCAUCUUCCAGCACAUCGCAGGAUGGGGAAGGGAAUCUUGCUACAAGCAGAAAGCUGUACAACCAGUUAUCCUUUAAGUCAGGGGUUGAUUCACCAGCAGCAUCUUCUCCACCUCAAGAGGACUCUGGACAUUCAUCUUAUGAUGAAAUGGUUUCUAAUUUUGAAGGAACCAGGAGCAAGCGUUCAGACGAGCAGAAAGUUUAUCCAUCACAAGGCACUUCCAAGAAAAAGCCCACAAGAAACUUUAAACAACACUCUUUCAAAGAGCCAUCUGUAGCAACUGAGAUAGAGCUUUCAAUGCCAAGGGACUCCAGCCUCGAUGUGUCACAAGAUCCUGGGGAGGGAAGAAGAGAAGAAUCUGCUGAAAGGAGCAUGAAGGGAAGCGAGUCAUUCUUCACUAAUCUCAUAAAGAAGAGCUUUAAGGACUUCUCAAGGGUUACUCAUUCAUCAGAUAGCGAGAAGACUCAUGUCUCAGUUAAUGGCAAACCUAUACCUGAGAAAUUGGUUAGGAAGGCUGAAAAGCAAGCUGGUCCUAUCUAUCCUGGGAAUUACUGGUAUGACCCACGAGCUGGAUUUUGGGGUGUCAUGGGACAGCCUUGCAUUGGGAUAAUUCCUCCAUCCAUAGAAGAGUUCGAUUAUCCUGUGCCGAAAGAUUGUUCUGGUGGAAACACUGGUGUCCUUGUCAAUGGUCGAGAGCUUCACCAGAAAGAUUGGGACCUACUUGUUAGCAGGGGACUGCCCACUACAAGAGACAAGUCAUACAUUAUUGAGAUCUCAGGGAAGGUGUUUGAUGAGGCCACAGGAGAAGAGUUGGACUGCCUUGGCAAGCUUGCACCAACUGUUGAGAAAAUAAAACGUGGGUUUGGAAUGCGGCUUCCCAAGGCAAUUGUAUAGAUGAAAAUCUGCAAAUAUUUCUUCUGUGAACGCCUUAUUAUUGUUAUCUAAAGAAGAUUCAGAAGCUGCAAAUUUAGAGAUAAAGGCUAAAGAUUCAUCAGCGAGAUUCUUGGUAAAAAUGAACUGUUCAUGUCAGCUAACUCAUCAGGUCGUUUUAGAUUCAAAUGCUUCCUCAAGAUUGUGGAAUGACUUUAGGUUGGUAUGCUUUUUUUUUUUUUGAGGUGGUGGUUUGUUUUGCGUGAGCAAAUUGGCCCAUCUAGGCAGUCUGGUCGGAGUGGGACUUUGCAGCCAUGUUUGUAUGUAAAAAGCAUUUGUAAUUUUCUAUGCAAUCCUGGCAUUGUAGCUAAA